AUGGCUAAUAAGAAAGAAAAUCCUAGAGGAGGCUCGUAUGGACGAGGUGAUCAUCAAGAAAUGGUUGCUGGUCUAUUGUUUUCUCAGAAACCCGGAUUUGAUCUCAUGCAGAACUGUGAUUUACCACCACCAGUGAAGAUUUUUGCUGGUCAUGAUAAGACGAUUGUGUCACCGAUGAAUAACGUUUACAGCAUGAUUGCCGGGCAGAAAGAUGAGGAUGUUGGGGUGGAAAUGGCUUACGACAAAACUUCUGAGACUGAAAAAUUGGAGCUUCUUAAGGCCUUGAGAUUAUCUCAAACACGAGCAAGAGAGGCAGAGAGGAAAGCUGCUGUUUUGUCCAGGGAGAGGGAUGAUCUUUCUAACCUGUUGCUGCAACAAUCAAUGCAUUUAUUUGCUUAUAAGCAAUGGGUGAGAAUGAUGGAACUCCAGUUGCCUAAACUGAAUAAGCACCAAGAAAAACGAGAGCUUAGUUCUGCUGCAACCAAUUGGGAGGGAAAUAUGCCUAAGGAGGAAGGCGAAAACAAUGGAGAAAAAGGCAUGACAUGGCUAGUGACCGUGGCAAUCUGUGUGGGCAUUGCUGGGUUUGGAUUUUACAGUUUCUUUUCAAGUUACUAUUGA